UAUAUAUAUAUAUAAACACACUUCACAAGAAAGCAUUUCUGCAUGUUGCAUUAUAUGUUGAACACAUGUACACCGCUGCCAUGCUAAUUCCCGACCUAUAAAUUACACACGAAUGGGUGCCUCGAGGAGGCAGACAGGAAGGGAUUCCACACCGAGAUAGAUAGGAAGGAGCGCGUGUUGCCAACGGGCUGGAUGGGUGCGCGCGCCGCCGCCUGAAAAAAAGAAAAAGAAAAGGAGGGGGGUCCGAGGGUGGAGUCGUCCUUAUCAAUCUCUCCAUGAAUAAUGCGAAACUUUUUCCACAGUAGAAAUGCAGGCUGGCCCAGCACAUGGGCAGUAAACAAACGCAUUUGACCCAGGGGCAACGCGGGAGGCAUCUCCAAAGCCAACCAGACACAACCUGCCUUUUUUUUAUGAAUAAGCAGUUUUCUACACCUAGGCAACAGACGGGGUGAGAAUUUGUGAAGGGUUUGGGGGCUUUUUCGGGGGGAGGGGAGUGGGGAAAAAAGGAGGGUGGGGUCUGCCCUUGGGUCGCAGCAACGCAGCGCCUGGUUAUUAUGAGCCUCGAACAAAACACCUUUCUCCCUGGAAGCAGACGAAGCAACAACAAACGCCUGCAUUUGCAUCCCAGAUCAACACAACAAAACUCAGAAGCUUCCUGACAGCCUUUUUACUGCCGCUGCAAGACCGGAGGGGGGGAAGGGGGGGGGGGAGAUCUAUGAUAAGUCUUGUUUCCUCCUAGCAAUUAGUGGGGAUAGAAAACACAUGUGUUGAGUGUGCAUUUUUGAAGCUUUCUUCCAAAUCAGUUCAUCAAUUCGCUAAUUACAGCUGAGAGGAAAAGAGGAUAUUAUUCUCCUCUCUCCUCUCUCUCCCUGAACAUCCGCGUGGGGCUGAAAUCGGGGGUAACAACGCCAAAAGAGGGGGAGACUGUUUAUGAGUCCAGGGUAUGUUAUUGCAGCUUUCUGUGGGCUCUUUAACUCCAGGGGGCAAGGAGGGGGUUGGGCCUGGGAGAGAAAGACCCAACUGCUCCUCAAGAACGACUCCAAGACUUGCGCAUAUUUCCACUGCUGGUGGAGCAGUUUUAAUAAAACAUCUGUUCUUGCUUCUGCUAUGAGUUUACAUAAUUGUUUGCAGACCAAUUUAAGCAGAAACGGAGUGCUAUACAUUUCCCCUGUCCAUGUUGGCAGGAGAGAGAAGCGGAGAAGAGUAUCCUCCUUUGGCCACAGUUAAUUCUCGAAAUCUUAAUGAUAUACACGCAUACUCAUAUGCACAGAUAUAUGUAAAUGUCAAGGACAUGAGAUAUGGAUUGCAACCAAAAUAUUACACUUGAAUGCUGAGGGUGGAGUGUAGCUACCUUGGCUUCUUCCUUUCCCAUCCCACCAAAUGUUCAGAAAGGUUCUGAGUUCUGUGCUAAGUUGCUUUUGCGCCAGCUGUUUUAUCAUCCCUACAACUCCGCCACAUUUUGAGGUCUUCUCUUCUGUUUCCAGAAGAGUCUCUUGGUACUUAUUCGGGUCUCUUCACAACAACUCCUGAGACCCUCUCAUUCUCCUCACCUUCCCAGGCUAACUUUUCUUAUUUGUAAUGGCAUAUUAUCAGAAAUUUUAAUAAUUCUGAGAUGUGGAUUAUUAUAAUUUUACAAAGAAAAAAAAAUCCCAAUGUAAGGAAAUUAAAACCUGCCAGAGAGGAAAAGAGAUGUGAAAUUCUGUCACUAUUGCUGCACUCCACAUUUGCACUGGAAUAUUUGUUUGUUUGGUUGCAUGCUGCAAGUCGCCCUGCCACAUGCACAAUGGAGGACCUUCUUAUAGCAACACCAGAAGACUCCAAAUGGCUAGUUACUGGUCAAAGGACAUUUACUAUAAUGUCAAGUUCUUAACUUUAUUUGGGUUUCAAAAUACAUUACAACUGUACCCUCGGUUCGCUUCUGACAAGAUUUAAAAAAAUGGAAUAUUCCAUUUUAAUGCAGUCUAAACAGAAACACAAAACUAUCUUGGGAGGAGGGGUCAUCAGAUAAAUUCGAACUUUCCUUGAAGUACAAAAAGACAGAAAGAGAUCACUUUUUUCUUUUCACAUAUAUUGUGCAUAGAAACCUGUAUAAUAUAGACAUAUACAAGCACACAUACAUGUAUUCAUCCAUUCAUUAAUUCAUUCAUUCACUUACACAUAUACCUAUAGCUUCGCAGGCAGUAUCACUACUACUUUUUCCGAGUAAUUCAAAUUUAAAUGAGCUUCCCGCCUCUUUGUCUAUUUGGUUAUCUUCUGUUCUAACUAUCUUCCUACACGUAAAGGAACAUAGGUGUAUUGUUAUGCAUAUCUCCAAGUGUGUUAAGCGGGGGAGGGUUAACUUUUUGGUCUUUCUUCCCAUACACACAAACACACACAUACAUAUACAGCCAUUUCCUCUCAGUGUCUGUGUAUUUUUGCUAUGGACUCCCCAAAACACAAUGUGCCAAGUAAAUCAGAAAGGGAAAAAAAAUCAAGGUAAAGAUUAGAUCCAGCAUUUUAGGCUCUAAUCCUUCAUGACAUGUGUACUAGCCUUAUAUGUGCAAAAGUUUGGAUGUUAACUAUGGAAGGGCAUGUGUACACAUUGAAUGGGGAGAGACACAUCUGGGAAGAUAUUUAACAAACUACACACUCUCGUGCUAUCUUAUGUUUCCUGACGCCUUCCCCCCUUUUUUCCCUUUCCCUUUAAAACACAAACACAACUUUUUCUCUCUUUAUACUGAUAUUCAUGGAAUGCUUAAGGUUACACAAGAUGAAUACUUCAGGCCUUUUUUUGUCAGUUGUAGUCUCGUUUAUGGCUUUAUUACUACCAUUGAUUACUUUGCUUUGUUGCACAGAGGAAAAAGAUCAUAAAAUCUCUGGGCAUCUGGGUUCCUGUUGGAGUAGGGGGGCAUGGGGGAUGUGCUCCCCAUUUUACUCUCUCCACCAAACCUUUCAAAGAGAUUCCACCCCCAAGAGAAAUGUGCAAAGUAUGGAGACACCAAGAGAACUCGUCCUGAGAAAUAUUCUACGCUUGCUUUCUAGGUGCUUGUGUCUGAUUUCAUUUUAUGGGCCAUUCCACACAAAUUGGACCUUUAAGAUAACUAAACAAAAGCCGCAGCCACCCACUCCCAACAUGUACAUGGAAAUCAGGCCAGGAUUUCCUAGCCCUUAAUUGAAUUUUUAAAUAGCAAGUCAAUGGAAUGAUGAAGGAACCUUCCUCUAUUUACAGAUCAGCAGGUAUAUUUUACAUUUAAGGAACAAUUUAUGGCACUGGAUUGAAAUUAAAAUUAGAUUAGCUGUCUUCAUUUCAAUUAGUGUGUCGGUGCAAAUCCACCCGAGGAGGCGAAUAUAAUCCACACUUCAAUCUAACUAAAUAUUUCAAAGGAGAAGUUUUCUAAUCACCAACAGUUAUCUGGAACCAUAAAUAUUUUUUUCCUCCCCACCUCACCCCCGCCUCACUUCCACAAAGGUAAACAUGAGGCGGCCUUCCUAACAAACACCACUCCAAAAGGGAAAAUUGGUGCUGGGUUAACGUGGGAGGCAGUUGGCGUUGCAAAUGUCAACAUUAUUUUAGCAAUUCCAACUUCUAGUAAAAUUACAAUGAACGCAUUGAAAACACAACAAGGAAACGUCUCCUUAUACUAGAAGUAGAUGACUUAAAAUGGACUCUGUAUUGCAAGGCGGGGUGGGGGAGAAAGGUCUGGAGAGCCUGCAAAGUUCUUCAGAUUCCAGAAUAUUGAAAUUCCACUCAAAGAGACAAGUCUCUGUCCAGCUGUCACCCUCCUUCCCUUUUCCUGGCUUCCAGGAUUGUCUUAGGAAGAACACAAGCACUGGAUUCCACGUUUAUUGACCAACAAUAAAUUAGUGGAAGGGAAGGGGAUUUAUGGUUUAAUAUUUUAUGCACACUUGAGAUUUAUAGCUAUAAUUUCUGAGCUAUUUGGUUGUUAGAUAUUAAGCAAGCAUUUUCAAAACUAAAUAGCCUGAUUCCUUUUCUGAGAGAAUCUUUACUCCCCCCUCUUUUUCUUCCUUUUCUUAUUUUUUUAAAGUAAAUGCUUAUUUGGACUGUGAUUUUUAAGAAAGGGAUCUCUUUCUUUCUUUCCUCUUUUCCUUCUUUCUUCCUGCCCCCCUCCCUUUUUCAACACAAGCCCCCCUCCCAACCCCCCUCUUCAAGCCAUACUUACUAUUUCCCCCCCUCUUCUUUCUAAACCCCUUCCUUAUAUUUAGAAUUUCAAGACUUACUUUCAAUGCAUACUUAGUUUCAACUGGGGAAUCAACACAAGCAAAAGCAAUUUUUCCGUGUCUUGACAUCUAGCUUCCUAUUGGCUCACAACGGGUCAGCUGACUUUGUCAUUUUGUCUGUCCUGGAGUGGAGCCGUCCCUAUAACAAUCUAGUUCAGACUACAAACUGGAGACAGAAAUAAAUAUUAAAGAAAUCAUACAAGCCAGGUAUAGGGGGGAAGCGAUGAAUUCCUAUUUCACAAACCCGUCGCUCUCUUGCCACCUCACCAGUGGUCAAGAGGUGCUGCCCAACGUGGCGCUCAAUUCCACUGCCUAUGACCCAGUAAGGCAUUUUUCAACUUAUGGAGCAGCGGUUGCUCAAAACAGGAUCUAUUCAUCUCCUUUCUACUCACCGCAAGAUAAUGUUGUGUUUAGCUCCAGUCGGGGACCCUAUGAUUACGGAUCUAACGCUUUUUAUCAAGAAAAAGACAUGCUUUCUAGCUGCAGGCAAAAUUCUAUGGGACACAAUACACAAACUUCCAUUGCACAGGAUUUUACAAGUGACCAAAACAGGAGCACGUCCCAGGAACAGAAAACUAGCAUUCAGAUAUACCCGUGGAUGCAGCGCAUGAACUCCCACAGUGUUUGUGUGUUUUCCGAAUCCAUAGGGGUCGGCUAUGGGGCAGAUCGGAGGCGGGGGCGCCAGAUCUACUCCCGUUACCAGACCUUGGAGCUGGAGAAAGAGUUCCAUUUCAACCGCUACUUGACGCGACGGAGGCGGAUCGAGAUCGCCAACGCGCUCUGCCUCACGGAACGCCAGAUCAAGAUCUGGUUCCAAAACAGGAGGAUGAAAUGGAAAAAAGAGAGCAACUUGAGUUCCACCCUGUCUGGGGGAGGUGGCGCUGGAGCCGCCGCCGAUAGCUUGGGCGCAAAGGAGGAGAAACGAGAAGAAACAGAGGAGGAAAAACCAAAGGAAUGAACGAACACUGGCGGCCCCAGAGCCAGCCCUUUCCCCUGCCUCUUUCCACCCUCCACUCCCCAACAACACACACGUUUCCCCCUUUCUUCCCUUCUCCCUCUGACCUCUCCCUUUCCAAAAUGUGUUCCUAGCCUCCCUUUGCCUUGUUCUGUUACCACUGCACAGUUUAUACAUUGGGCCACAUAUUAAAAGGAGAGAGACAGAGGAGAAGGGAGGUGGGGAGAAAAAAUGUGGAAAGGGUAGAGUUCCUCUUCCUCCAUCUCCCCUCCCCCCAUUUCCCCACUUUUGGGCACUGAUCCCCCCUUCUUUUCCUAGCCAGGUUUCAAACAUCUUUGGAUGUCCUUCUAAUGGUACCCCAAACCCUUCAGCCCACCCACCCUUUCUCCUUGCUUCCGAGGAGCCCAGCAAUAGCCACCUCUGCAUAAAGACUAUAUUUAAUGACACAAACCUCCUCCCACUCAUCCCACAUUCCACCCCCCAUCCCACAUCCCUAAGCACUCCUAUCUCUCUCCCCCC